GUUUAUUGAACAGCUCAGCCAUGCGUAGCGAAUGUUUUGACUUAUGACCUAAGCUCAAAGAUAUACAGGUUCGCCACUGAAACUAAACAUUUAUAUAUUUUUGUAUAUAAAAAGAUUCUAAAGAUGCAGUAUUCCGUAUUUUUGGUGUUGUUGGGUAGUGUGGCAGUUAAUUGUGAUGCAGUGUUUCAACUAACGGACAAUGACUUUGAUCAGUAUAUGAAAGACAAGGAAGCGAUGCUGGUCGAAUUUUACGCGCCUUGGUAAAUAUCGCAAAUAGUAUAUUAUUAUGUAAAUAAAAUAAGUAUCUUGUUAAACGGUUUGAUCAGCUUAUAUAGCUUUAAGUUUCGCCUAGGUUUGGUAACUGGCGGUUUUUAGCCUCGGUUUAAACGAGGAUGAAAGUUGUAACUCUCGCCCGCGUUUCCCCGCCAACUCUUAUCGACUCUCAUCAACUUUGCACUGGUUCAAAUUUUAAUGCGAGUUGAUAACAGUUUUCGCUAUCACGCGGUAAUAUCCAGUCUACUCUCAUCAACUCUCAUGCAACUCUUGUUCUCGUUUGACCUGGGCACGAGAGUUGAGAAAACUCUCAUACAAACUCGCAACUCUCAUCAACUUUCAUGCAACACCUAGCUGUUCUCGUUUGACCGGGACAUGAGAGUUGAGAAAACUUUCAUGCAAACUCUUGCUUCUCAACUCUCAUGCAACUCUUGUUCUCGUUUGACCGGGGCAAUGAGAGUUGAGAAAACUCUCGUGCAAACUCUCGCGUCUCUCGUGCAAACUCUCGCUUCUCAACUCUCAUUCCCGUUUGACAAGUUAGGCGGACAAAGUUUCGCCCAGAUUUGGUAACUGACGGUUAGGAUUUACUUCUCUAAAUGUUCAUUGUCGUCAUAUUGGCAUUUUAUAAACAGAUCCGUGACAUUUCUUUACUCUAUAGGUGCAGUGAUUGUAAAAGAUUGGAGCCCAAAUACGAAUCAGCGGCGUCAAUACUUGGAGCAAAGAAGAAGUUCGUUUUAGCGAAAGUAAGUUUUAUUUUCUCGAUCAUUGUCCCGCGCCAUGACAAAAAGGUUGCCGCGAUACUUCAGUUUGUGAUUAGUUAGUGACAAAAUUCGCUGCAAAUAUGUUUGUAGGAUUUCGCCAGCCGUACAUGCGUAGCAGGCGGUUUCAAGGUGGCUCUUACGAGAGGUCAGGCCUUUUAUCCUUGCAUUUAAGACGCACGCGAUACUUUUCUACUAAUUCAUUUGUCUGUUCAGCCCCACCAAUUGACCAUUUGCGUAAUAGACUAAAUUUUGAUCCAAUUUACAAUUUACAAUUAUUACAAUUUACAGUUAUAUAAUUGAUUUACAAUUUUCAGUCAUUUUAGAUUACAAAUGGGAAAUUGACAGCCCCAAACCCUUUGAGGCUGUCAAUUUCCCGUUUGUAGUCUAAAAUGACUGAAAACUGCAAAUUUCGCAAGGCUAUAUUUUCCACAUUUUACAACAUUUCGCAACGAAACUUUUGGAAUAUUACUAAUUUUGUGAUGCUCUUUCAAGAUGUGAUGAAAUUUUUCUCUUGACUUGUUUAGAUCAAAAUUUAGUCUAUUACGCAAAUGGUCAAUUCAAGUUUACCAAUUGCUACCACUAUCUCUAUCGCUCUCAAAUCAAACCAUGGGGGGAGUUACCACUCUCCUGCUUCAUACAAAAUAUUAUUUUAUUUUAGAUUGAUUGUUUCGGAACAGGAAUGGCUACAUGUAGAAAAUUUGGAGUUCGCAGUUGGCCUCAAGUAAAACUCUUUAAAUAUGGAAAAUAUGAAGGAGAAUAUUAUGGAGCCGAAGAUGCAUGUAAGUCCACAUAAUUAAAGUAGCGCAUAGACGUUUCUCGAGCGAAGACCUUCGCCGUUCGAAACGUCGAAGUUCUCCUUGUAUUUUCCAGAAGUUCUAUCCCUAUCAAUCCGAAACUUUCUUGUAAAUAUUGAAGGACUUUUUGAUAUGGAAUUUUCGUCUUGUAGCUGAGUUGAUUAGAGCGCUGCACGGGAAUCGCAAGGCCACAUGCCCGGUCAUCGCCAGAGGGACUAUAUUUGCCAACUCCUGGUUAGAUCUACACUGUGUAUUUCAUUUUAGACAGUAAAGUAAUAUUUCCUACCAUAAAAGUUGAAUACUUCAGUUCCAUUGCCCAGUUUCCUAAGUAACGGUCUUCGUGGUAUGCUGAAUUUUCUAUGAAAAAAGACGCCAAAAAUGAUGAGUGACAUAACUUGGAUCAAGGAUAGACGGGAUAGACAGUUCAUCUGUGGAUAAACUAAAGGAUAGACAGUUCAUCUGUGGAUAAACUGAAGGAUAGACAGUUCAUCUGUGGAUAAACUGAAGGAUAGACAGUUCAUCUGUGGAUAAACUGAAGGACAGACAGUUCAUCAGUGGAUAAACUGAAGGAUUUGUUCCCGUGUUCCCAUUGCAAAAUAGGAGAGUUCUCUCUAUGUGAGAAAAUGUUCUAUUACGAAAGUCACCGAACUGUGGAAUCGCAUCAAAAAUUUGUAUAUCGACCACUCCCACAAACGUCUACGACCGAGCCUACAGAGUUUUGCAUGUUUACAAUUCUAAUUUUGAACAGCCAAUCAGGUUCUUGGUAACAAUUCCAAUUAAACGUCGACUGGCUGUUUAGAAGAGAAUUGUAAACAUGCAAAAAUAUGUAGGCGCGGUCGUAGACGUUUGUGGAAGUAGUCGAUAUACGAAUUUUUGAUGCGAUUCCACAGUUCGGUGACUUUCGUAAUAGUAAAUGGCAACUAGUCAGUAUUAACUAUUGUUAAUUUUUUUCAGAUGCAAUAGCUGCUUUUAUGGAUGGACUAGUGAGUCAACCAGAGACGCAGCCAGCAGCAGUUCAAGAUGCACAGGCUUAUAAUCAAGCUCAAUAUGCUAACCCAGCUCCCGCUGCCCCAUUGUAUAAUACAGCAGGAUAAUGACUGAUGAAAAGUGAAGACAGAUAGAUACAUUGAAAUGUUUGAAAAUCAUUGAACUUGGAGAUGACAGAAAAAAGGCAUAGAAUCAGCAGUAUCUGCAAGCUUUCUUGUAGCAUAUUUGUCAUUUCAUUUUUAACUUUGUUUGGGGUUCGGAUUUGUGAUAAACUUUCAUACAAAAUGGAGAUGGUACCGUCUUUCCGUUUGUAUGUUGAUAAAGGCCUUAAAGACACACUUUAUAAAUGUAUCACAUCGGGAAAAUUUCAGUGAAAUGUAUAUCACUAUUACUAUCAAUAAAAAAUGCAAAAGUUUGCAGUUUUAAUGGUAUCUGGCGGAAAACUGAACGUGGCGGGAAAAUGUGGCGGGCAAAAACUAUACUUAAAUAAAAAUUUUAUUUAAAACUAUACUUCUAUCCUA